GCUAUUCAAAUACGGAAUGCCAGCCGCUAUUUCAACUCUACAAGGUCGUGUAAACCUUAGUGAGGAAAUUGUAAGCUGGGGCUGACUUAUGCAUAUAUAUGGACUGUGUGGCCCGCUGUGUCUACUUGACACGUGAUGUGCUCCUACUCGUUCAACUAUCUGUUGCCAGUUUCGAUUUCAUAAUUGUCUAAAUGUGAAGUUUGUGUGAUUAGUGAUUGUCGUCUGUUAACAGCAAUUGCUUUGCCUUAUAAAUUUAAGUUGAUUGUGUGGGCUUGCUGAGUCGUCGACUCACCUUUUCUUUUGUUCUCCUUUUCAGCCCUCAUCACUUACGCUACUCUGAAUGCUCCCUUAGUACACAAAGUACUUUCUGGUGAGACGCAAACUUCUACAGGUGACCAUAUUUCGAAGUAUCUUUUUAUAAUGACUCUUGAAAUAAAAUUUAGGUGUUUAUCCUGAGAAAUUACAAAUUUGACUUUUGAGUCAAUUUUAUUACUAUUUGUUGGGAGUGUACUAUAACUAUCGACUCAAUAUUGAAUCAUGCAUUCUCUCCUUAUGUACGUUUAUAUCGUCUUAACAUAGCAUAUGUACGUUAGAAAUCAGACAUAUAGGUGAAUGGUUUGUUAGGAAACUACGGUUACGAUACAAAGAACUUAUAAAAUACCACCUCAUUGUUAAAUCAUUGUUACCAUUCAGAAUUGUAGUAACUGUUUUGUGAAUCCCGAAUUUUAAUAAAAACCAACCGACAACAUAAAGUGAGACUUCCAGUAAUGUUUGUCGAUGCAGAACACUGAAUCUGUAGGACAGCAACCGAAAGUUUCCAUUUCAAAUUAUUACUUACAUUUUCUCUCCGACAGCGCUUUUAGAGCUCAUCUCACUUCAUGAAAAUAAGCUUGCGAUGUUAUACAGUUCCACAAGGUCUUUUCUUGUGGAAGUUGGCAAUAAAAUACGCAGUGUUAGUGCGCCUAAUGACUAUAACAUAACUAAUUGAUAUACUAAUAAAAAUUAUGCUCUUCUGAAGUUCUUUUCUUGUUGUAUUGCCAAGAGUAAUAUGGCUGGCCGUUCCAGGUUUCACUGCAUACGAUAAGAUAUAGCGCAUGGAAGUUUUGGGAUUGUCAUUCAUUGAUUGUGGCACAAUGACCAUCUGACAUGUAAAGUUAUAAUCCAACGAGUUUGUCCCUCGUGUCUUCUUGCUAGACACGCAUCCAACGUUCACAGUUCCCCUUCAGAUGUCAAAAAGAAAUAAGAACUUGAUAAUCUAAUGUCAAGUUCCCAUAGAUAGUCAUGCGCAUCAAACUUAGACUGAGACAUGAACUGCAUAACAUUUGCACUGGAUUUUGAUAUUGCUGACGACAUUGAUACAGUACAGUAUGAAGUUUUGCGAAUCUAAAACAACUUAAAUUGUACAUGUUACUCAAUUACAGACCCGAUGUCAACAGGUGUUGAUGUAGGUAUUGAUGGCAGCGUCUACUUGUGUAGAAAAUCUAUUUAUAAACAGCUAUAAUUAGGACGUGCCCACUGUGCAAUCGGUCACACUAGUGUCGAGCAGCCUGAACUUCAUAUAAUGAGCACGCAUAAUUGUAGCCUUCAUUUCAGCUACAUUCAUGCCGACUAAAUCAUAUAAAUACUCCGGUUUCCGUUUCAAUGCCUCUUUUUGAAAGACCAAUAGGAUUACUGUGCUUACUUUUUGGACUUCCAUGUAUUUAGUGGCAGUGUUUUUGUCACAUUAUUGGCAUGACAGCCCGGUAAUUCGCCGAACGAAACCAAUAAAUCCUUCGCAGUCUGUAAAUUGCUUUUAGGGAAGGAGUGUGUUUAGCUCACUACAGUAGUAGAUAACCUUACUCCUGAUGACUGACUAAUCGUCAUCUGGUUGAGCACUUUUUCUGGUCCACAUACACCAGGUAGGGUACGUGCAAGUUCUUCGCCAACAAGUCAUUUGCUGCAAUUAGUACCUGCUUCUUACUUGGCGCAUUAAUGACUGCAAACUGCUUGGCGGUACGUUGAACGAUAUUUAAAAGUUAGUAAUUAUUUCGAAGUAAUAACAUUUGAGUACCUACUUACUCCUGUUACCCCUCGUUAAAGAGCAUAGGCCGCCUACCAGCAUUUUCCAUCCAACUCUGUCCUGGGCAAUCCUUUCCAGUUGCUAUUCAUCCUCUUGGUGUGUGCUUCCAAUUUUCGACGUAGUUUGUUCGGCCUUCCUCCUUCCCAUUUCCUUCCAGGAUUCCAGGUAAGCGCUUGCGUAGCGAUGCAGUUUGGUGAUUUCUGUAAUGUAUGUCCUAUCCACUUCCAGUGUCCUUUCUUUAUUUCCUCCUCAGCUAAAACCUAAUUUGUUCUCUCUUAUAGUAGGCUGUCGCUGAGGGUUUCCGGUCAACGAACAUUGAGUAUGUUGUGUAGAUAACUGCUUAUAAAUACUUGUGCCUUUUUGAUGAUGGCUGUAGUACUUUGCACGUCUCAGCUCCGUACAGUAGACCUUUCGUAUUGAAGAUUCUCACUUUGAUUUUGGUUGGCAGUUGUUAUAUGCUCUUCAAUUGUAUGAAUGCGUCCAUUGCUUUGCCAAUCAUCACCUUUCUGUCUGCAUCAGAUCAUCCUUGUUCAUCGAUGAUGCUGAUCAGGUACGUGAAAGAUUCUACAUCUCCCAGAGCUUCUCCAUCAAGUGAGAUUGGCUUGUUUACAGUGUUGUAUUUGAGGACCUUGGUUUUAUCCUUGUGUAUGUUGAGGCCUACUGAUGUGGAGGCUUCCUCCACACUGAUUGUCUUGACCUGCAUUUGUUGUUAUGUAUCGGAUAGAAGGGCUAAGUCAUCUGCGAAGUCCAAAUCGUCUAGUUGCAUCCAAGCUGUCCAUUGUAUUCCGUGCUUCCCUUGAGAUGUGGAGGUCUUCACAAUCCGGUCGACCACCAGGAGGAAGAGCGAAAGUAAACAGCCUUGUGUGACACUGAUCUUUACUUGGAAUGCAUCGAUCAGCUGUCCCGCAUGCACAAAUUCGCAGUGUAAAACGUCGUAUGAAUUCCGUACAGUGUUGACGAUCUCCGGUACACCAUAGUGUCGAAGAAGUUUCCAUAAAGUCUUCCUAUCCGGACUUUCGAAUGCUUUUUCAUUGUCAAGAAAGCUGGUGUAUAGUGACAAGUUCCAUUCAUUUGAUUGUUUAACAGUGAUCCGAAGUGUCAUUGUUUAAUCAAUGCACGACCGAUUCUUACGGAAUCCAGCCUAUUGAUCUCGAAGCUGGGAGUCUACUGAAUUUUUCAUCCGGUUCGGCAACACUGUUGAAAAAUUUCCCUGGUACUGACAGCAGUGUGAUGUCUCUGCAGUUCUCACAUUUGCUCAGAUCUCCUUUUUGGUAUCCUGAUGAGGUGUCCUUCUUUCCAGUCUGUGGACAGUUUUUUUUCUUCCCAAAUCUUCCUGAAUAUAGUGUAAAGCAUACUUGCAGUUACUCCUAUGUCUGACUUAAACUUAAGAUCUUCAGCUGGUAUGUUCUCAGGUCCUACAGCUUUUUUAAUCUUGAUUUGUCUGAUAGACACCCUGAUUUCUUCGGUCGUUCGUGGAGUGACAUCUAUAGGAAGGUCUGUAAGUACUACUUCAAUAUUCGGUGGAUUCAAAGGGGCUGGCUCAUUCAAGGGUUCCUCAGUGUUCAGUCCAUCUGUUCCUCUUCUCUUGAAUUUCAGUGAUUGGCUUGCCUUCUUUGUCGUUGAUCGAUGUCGCUGGCUUACUGUAUUUCCCUACUAGCUUCUCCGUUGUUUCAUACUUCCUUCUUUGCAGCUUUUUCCUGUUUCGUUACUAGGUCUUCCACAUAGUUCUGCUUGUCAGCUCUAAUGCUCCUCUUCACUUGUUUGUUUGCUUCUGUGUAUUCAGUCUGUGCCUUGACUUUCUCUGCUCUUGUUCGGCUGUUGUUAAUUGUUGUCUUCUUCCUUUAUUGAAGCGCGUCCAGGUUUUCGAUAGAGCUCUUCAUCGAGUGUUCAUAGAACUUGUUAGUUUUUCUUUAGACAAUGUACGUUAAUUCGUAUACAGCCUUAUGACCUAUCACAUUCAUUGUAUGAUUGUUUCGAUGUUGUAAAAUCAUAAAGCGAUCACUUUUGAGGUUACUUACGACUUUUUUCACAUGAACCUGGAGUUUUUGGAAUAACGAUGCUCUAUAUCAUUCAUAUCAUGUUAAAGCUUACGUCGGUGAUAUUAUAAGCAACAGUUUUGUUCAUACCUAUACCAAGGUAAUCAUACGAUUUCGGGAUCGAAUUAACAAGAGAUAAAACCUGUGAUUCGUUUGUCUGGUUAUGAUUACAAACUAUUAAAUCCACCUGAAGGAUUUUUCGUUGAAUGAUGUGGAUUCAUAGUGACACUUAUAAAACUUACAUUGUGUCUUGCCUCAACGUAUAACUUUCUACCUGUGGUCGGAUUUAUGCGUUUCGGUUACCUUUAGUUCACCUUUUAAUGAUUACAAAGAUCUAUCAACCACAGAUUAUUGUCCCUAAUGGAUUACUAAUCCAUCGAGGUAUUAUCUACACAGACUAUUGGUCUGUAUCAUAUAUUACCUUACACAUUUUCUCCGAUAUAUGUAUGUUCAGGUAAACUGGCUAGAUAGUUCAAUGUAUUUCGGAAUUAUCUCACUUAUUACAUCAUAUCAAAUGGCUCGUUUUAAAAGCUUUCACCCAACCCCAACAUUUAUUAGUUUGUAAAGAUAUAGUUAGGUCGUUUAAUCUACGCUGACAUUAUUGUGCAGUUGCGUUAAAUCGUGCCAGUUAAUUGAACCUGGAACCUACAGCUAUUUACUUGUUAUUACUGGAGGUAUUUUGCAAAUGAAAUACUAGAACUUACAGCUCGUUUUUCCACUGUUAUCAGAAUCUUCACGAAACUUGCUUAAGAAAACUACGAAUAAAGGUCAAGUCUGUAAUACAUCUUUGUAAAACGGAAUAAGUUGUGGAUCAUUUUGUUAGCUGAAAUCUUCACUAUUGCGUUUGUUUUUGUUCUUGAGUUUUCUCAUAUCGUCCUUCACUAAUCAUAAUUACAAAGGAAACGCUUCACUAACACUAAACUCUUUCGAAGUCAAAAAGAAAAACGGCCACGAAAAAUACCACUUGAUUCGUUCGUUUCAAGGAUAUAAAAGUAAGAACACAGUUCAAGUUCGUAUAAGUAACGAUUUUAGUGUAAAGUUGAUAUUUUAAACUACCUGUAUUUCCUUCAAGUGUAAUAAAAGCUAUCAAUAGUUCCAAUGAAUUAAUUGUUUAUCACAACCAAUUAGUAAAUAUACCUGGCAUAGAUGACGAUAUUCGACGCAUUAUUAUAGAAAAAUAUAGUUACUAUAUUUCAAAAGAUAGUUUUAAUGGUUGAAGUUUUGUCCGAAAAACUACUGCCCAUGUAAAUGACGGAGACAUGUGUAAACGAUAGCAAAGGUUCCACGCAUUACCAGUUUUCGUUUCGUUUUUAGACACGUAAAUACUGUAAAUGUUUAUAAUUUAUUCGGUACAUUUUAUGCUUUUGGAUACCUAGACAAACGUUGAAAUUUGUUUCAUACCUAUGAAUCUAAAUAACGCUCAAAAAGAUGUGAAUCUAGAAACUGGUGAAGAAAUUAAGCGUAAUGAGUAUCGUAAAAUGAGCACGUAUGACUUCGUGCGGCGUGACAUUGAGAAAUAUUUCGCACAUCCGGUAAGUUUGCCAAAAACUUAUUUACGUUCAUUUCAUACAAAGGAAGAAGCGCUCGUAGCUCCUGAAUUAGCUCAACCUCAGCUGCCUAAACCACCACCUGAAUUCGUUCGCAAUGUAUGGGGCUCUGCCGCUGGAGUGGGCAGUGGGGACUUUCACAUUUACAGAGGAAUUAGACGAAGAGAAUAUACUCGUUUAGAAAUGAUUGAAAAAACUGCGGAAGAGGAACGUUUAGAUAGAGAGUUCCAAAUGAAGCAAAAAGCAUUAAAUGAUCUAGCUGCUGAAAAAACUGCUAAGAAGCGUGCUAAGCGUCAAAUGAAGAAAGAAAAACGAUUAAAUAAAAGAAAACUGAAAUCAAAAUCUAAAUCUGGUGAAAACAGCGAUUACUCAGAUGAGCAGUUAGAAAAUUCUGCGCAAACGGAAAGUAGUGAAUUUAAUAAGAUUUGACGGUCGAAUUAUAAAUUUCACAUUAUUGCUCUUUCUAACUCAUCCAUUACAUUUGUACGUAAUACGUUUCCCCUUAUUUCUGACAAGAUUUAUUCAUGGGUAGUUUAUGGAAUUAUUUAAGAUAAUAUCCUAAUUUUUAUAAGGUAUCCUGUUUAUUUCAGUAAUGCAGUGAGAAGACGAAGGUUAUCAGAAUCAUGUAAUAUAUUUGCGCAAUAUAUUUCAAACAAUGUGA